GUGGGGUGUGCCCCAGCUCGGCCCGAGACACUUGUCCGCGGUGGGCGCGGGCCCGGACGGUCGGAUCGGGGCGCCCAGGCGCGGCGCCCAAAGUUUUCGCCAGGCCCCAGCAGGGACGAGCUGCUGGGGUGUCCGGUCUGGCUGGGCCCCCCGUAGCCUGAUAAGCAUGAAGCUCGUGGCUCUGGUGGCCGUGGUGGGGUAUUUGCUGGUCUCGGCAGCAGAAGCCAACAAGAGCUCUGAAGACAUCCGGUGCAAAUGCAUCUGUCCCCCGUACCGCAACAUCAGUGGCCACAUCUACAACCAGAAUGUGUCCCAGAAGGACUGCAACUGCCUGCACGUGGUGGAGCCCAUGCCCGUGCCCGGCCACGACGUGGAGGCCUACUGCCUGCUGUGCGAGUGCCGCUACGAGGAGCGCAGCACCACCACCAUCAAGGUCAUCAUCGUCAUCUACCUGUCGGUGGUGGGCGCCCUCCUGCUGUACAUGGCCUUCCUGAUGCUGGUGGACCCCCUGAUCCGGAAGCCGGACGCGUACACUGAGCAGCUGCACAAUGAGGAGGAGAACGAGGACGCGCGCGCGGCCUCGGCAGCCGGGCUGGCGGGCCCGCGGGCCAACACGGUGCUGGAGCGCGUGGAGGGCGCCCAGCAGCGCUGGAAGCUGCAGGUGCAGGAGCAGCGCAAGACGGUCUUCGACCGGCACAAGAUGCUCAGCUAGAGUGUCCGGCUUGAGCGGGGCCGCCCGAGACACAUGGAGCCAGGCCCGCCUGGGCGCACGGAGCCGGGCCCACCCGGGGUGCGGGGGCGCGGGGCCACCAUCCCCUGGCCCCCCAGCUCCCCCGGCCCCUUCUCUUCUCCCUCUCUAGAAAAGCCAUGCGCAGCCGACCAAUGUGCUUCCGGGACACGCGCCUCCCAGCUGUCCAGUCCACACUGGGCGGGGCAGGGUCCUCGGGCCGCCCUCCCCGCUCCAGGCCCCGGGACCACUGUCAGCCUGUCAGCCUGGCCACUGGGAGCUCAGGGUACAGGCUGGGGCCACUCAGCCCUCCUGCGCCCGACCUUCGCGCAUCCCCCCCGCCGGGGUCUCAGCAGCCUCGGGAUGCAGCCACCCCUGUGGUGCUCAGGUCCCCCCCCAGACGGUCAUCCCAACUUCCUGUGGCCCUUACGGGUUAUGUGGCAGCCACACACCCACUUGCUCUGCCGCCUCACCCCUACUUUCAGCAGUGCCCCCCCACCCAUGUCUGCAGUUACUGAGCUAGUCAGCCUGGCUGCCUUCCUAGCCCCACUGCCCCGCCCUCCCCGCCCCUCUCCCCCUUGCAAACCCUCCCCCCCGCGGUGUCCCCGACCCCCACAUGGAGAGAGGCAAGCCUGCCCAUUGUCUGGGAACCAGGAAGCAGCCAUUAAACUGUGUGUCUCAA